AGUUCACAACUGACGCGUGCACUACACCACCAACAUUCAACAACAACUGCACUCUGCAGGCACUCUUUGUGUCUCUCUUCACUUUCCUUCCUUCCAUCUUUUUUUUCCAGUUUCCUUUCUUCUUCUGACUCAGAUCUCACUGCAAUUCUUCUUCUGGAUUUGUUGUAGAAGAAAGUUGGGUAAUUUGAGAGAGUGAGAGAGAGAGAGAGAGAGAGAGAGAGAGAGGUGUGAUUAUGAAUUGAAGUGUUGGGGUGAAGAAAUGAACGUGAGCCAUGCUUCGGUUCAUCCAGUUGAAGAAGUUCCAACUACUGAAGGUGUUGUUGCUGUGGUUGAUCAAAACGCAAACGCACCCAGGGUGAGGAUGAAAGAUAUUCAAGGCAUGCCUGGUACUGUUGGUGGCUUAUCUUUGCGUGCUUCACAGUUUGUUUUCGGUGCUGCUGCACUUUCUAUCAUGGCUUCCACUAGUGAUUUCCCUUCAGUCACUGCCUUCUGUUUCCUUGUUGCGGCUGCCGGCUUGCAGACUUUGUGGAGCAUUUCAUUAGCUAUUACUGAUGUAUAUGCCAUCUUAGUAAGACGAUCUUUGCAGAACAGUCGACUUGUCAGUUUUUUUACAAUUGGUGAUGGGGUCACUUCGACUCUUAUGUUUGCAGCAGCAUGUGCAUCAGCAGGCAUCACAGUGCUCAUCGAUAACGAUCUUGGUAAUUGCUCAGAGAACCACUGUGUGCAGUUUGAAACGGCUACAGGCAUGGCUUUCAUUUGUUGGUUCACCACAGUGCCGUCAUUUCUGCUGAACUUCUGGUCUUUGGCAUCAAGGUAAUUAAAAAUAGCGUCACACGACGACAAAAACAAGGGAAGCUUGUAAAGUAAGUUUUUGUUUCAGGUUUGUGACAGUGGCUUGAAGUUUCUUAUUAAGCUUGGUAUCAUGUGUUAGCAAUAGUACCAAAUGGGAUUUAUUCAUGUACUCUUUCCUUGAUCAAACUUGAAUCUGAUUUGGGAUUUUAGAAUGUGUUAUGGUUUUAUUCACAUUUGGUGGUGAAAUGAGUAAACAGGACUCUUACAAUAUAAUGUGCAUUAUUAUUAUUAUUGGCAGUUUCACUUCAAUA